AUGGGUACUUCAGCUGUUUUAUCAUCAAUUUUCAUGACAUUUUUUGUUGCUGUUGGCUGUUUCAUGGCCUAUCGUGAUGUUGUCACUGCAAAACAAGCCAGCAUUACCAGGCACUAUACGUUCAACAUAAAGCUGAAAAACAUCACUCGCUUGUGUCAUACUAAGAGCAUUGUCACGGUUAACGGGAAGUUCCCUGGACCUCGUGUUGUUGGCAGAGAAGGUGAUCGCUUGGUUGUUAAAGUAGUUAACCAUGUUCCAUACAAUAUCAGCAUUCACUGGCAUGGAAUUAGACAGCUUCGGAGCGGAUGGGCGGAUGGGCCAUCGUACAUCACGCAAUGCCCCAUUCAAACCGGACAGACUUAUGUGUACAACUUCACCAUUACUGGCCAACGAGGCACUCUCUUCUGGCAUGCCCACUUCUCAUGGCUUAGAGCAACUGUUUAUGGACCACUUAUCAUCCUCCCAAGGCGCAAUGAAUCUUACCCUUUUGUCAAACCCUACAAACAAGUCCGGAUCUUGUUCGGUAAUUGGUUUAAUGCUGAUCCAGAAGCAGUCAUCAAUCAGUCUCUUCAAACAGGGGCUGGCCCUAAUGUUUCAGAUGCCUACACCUUUAAUGGCCUCCCAGGUCCAUUGUACAAUUGUUCUGUCAAAGAUACGUAUAAGCUGAAGGUAAAGCCUGGGAAAACAUAUCUUCUGCAAUGGAUCAAUGCUGCACUUAAUGAUGAGCUAUUCUUCAGCGUUGCAAACCACAGUUUCACUGUGGUGGAAGCCGAUGCGGUCUAUGUAAAGCCAUUCGAAACCAAUAUAUUAAUGAUAACACCCGGACAGACCACGAAUGUUCUUCUGAAAACCAAAUCAAAAGCUCCGAAUGCGACUUUUUUUAUGUUAGCCAGGCCAUAUGCCACUGGCAUGGGCACCUUUGAUAACACCACUGUGGCUGGUAUUCUUGAAUACGAAACAUCAUCUCUCACCGGUUUAAAAAACCGUCCACUUCUUAAACCAGUUUUGCCUGCCAUCAAUGCAACAAAUUUUGUAGCCAAUUUUGCAAGCAAAUUCAGAAGCUUAGCCACUACCAAGUUCCCUGCCAAUGUCCCACAAAAAGUUGACAGAAAAUUCUUUUUCACAGUUGGUCUUGGAACCAACCCCUGCCCCAAGAACCAAACCUGCCAAGGACCGAACGGCACGAAAUUCGCAGCUGCCAUGAACAACAUCUCGUUUGCGCUCCCCACAACUGCACUUCUCCAAUCUUACUUUUUCUCGCAACCUAACGGGGUUUACACCACUGAUUUCCCAGCUUUCCCUCUACAUCCAUUCAAUUACACAGGAACACCACCUAACAAUACACUUGUGAGCAAUGGCACUAAACUCGUGAGGAUACCAUUCGAUACGAGCGUGGAAGUAGUGUUGCAGGAUACGAGUAUCAUUGGUGCUGAGAGCCACCCUCUCCAUCUCCAUGGCUAUAAUUUCUAUGUUGUAGGGCAGGGUUUUGGCAACUUUGACCCUUCAAAUGACCCUCCAAAGUUCAACCUGGUUGAUCCUGUUGAAAGGAACACUGUUGGUGUUCCCUCUGGUGGUUGGGUUGCAAUCCGUUUUAUGGCAGACAAUCCUGGAGUUUGGUUGAUGCACUGUCACUUUGAUGUUCAUUUUAGCUGGGGAUUAAGAAUGGCAUGGAUUGUCUUGGAUGGGAAGCUACCAAACCAGAAGCUGCCUCCUCCACCGUCUGAUCUUCCCAAGUGUUGAUUUUGGAUUUGAACCACGAAGCUUGACCUUCAUAC